UAAUAUAUUUAUUCGUUUGUAGAGAAUUUUUAGUAUUAUAUUUAUUUGUAAUAUUAAAAAAUUGUAAAAUAUAUUGAAAAGAAGAAUAAAAAUUUAAAAAAUUAUAAAAAAAUAAAAAGAAAGAAAGUGAUCUUUAAAGAUAAAUGCGCAGACGUGGUUUUGCACUGAAUUGCUCGUGUCCCGUCAAAUAGAGGGAGUGAAACAGCACCUGCUGCCAUUCUGGCAUUACGUCAAUGGUAGACAUUUCAUUUGCUGGUUGGGGAGGAGUUACCGUGACCGCCAUUGUUACAGAUCUUUCAUAUUAAAGAACGUGAUCUGUGAAUUUAUAUUGUCAUAUUGUUGAUUUCAUCGAAUUGUGUUUAUUUUUUAGAUUUCCGCAACAACAAUACAGAUAUCAGUAAGAGUGUUCUUAAGCAUAGCAUGUCCACUAUGAAUCCCGAGUAUGAUUACUUGUUUAAGUUACUUUUAAUUGGAGAUUCAGGAGUUGGAAAAUCAUGUCUUUUACUCCGUUUUGCUGAUGACACAUAUACAGAAAGUUAUAUCAGUACUAUUGGUGUAGAUUUCAAAAUACGAACAAUUGAUCUAGAUGGAAAAACAAUAAAAUUACAAAUUUGGGAUACAGCAGGUCAAGAACGGUUUAGAACAAUUACAAGUUCUUAUUACAGAGGUGCACAUGGUAUUAUUGUUGUUUAUGACUGCACAGAUCAGGAAACAUUUAAUAAUGUUAAACAAUGGCUCGAAGAAAUUGAUCGUUAUGCUUGUGAUAAUGUGAAUAAGUUGUUAGUCGGCAAUAAAUGUGAUCUUCAUACUAAAAAAGUUGUUGAUUACACAACAGCAAAAGAAUAUGCAGAUCAACUUGGUAUACCAUUUUUGGAAACAUCUGCAAAAAAUGCAAUGAAUGUAGAACAAGCUUUUAUGACAAUGGCUGCAGAAAUAAAACUUAGAGUGGGUCCUCCAUCAAGUGGUAACAGUGAUCCAGCAAAUAAAGUGAAAAUAGAACAUGGACGUCCAAUUGAAUCCUCUAAAUCUGGAUGCUGCUGAGAAAUGUAAUUUUGCAAUUAAAACCAAAAAGGACAUCUUAUGGUAGCAGUUUUAUACUGCUUAAAGAUUACAAGAAGACAUAAGAAAGAUUGUGGAAGUUUCAGUUUAUAUAAAAAAAAAAAAAUGAGGUGUGAAACAUUAUUAAUUAUGGACCACCAACUCUAUUAUAGAGUUGAAUAAAACAACUUUUGUUCUA